GUGACAGCGUACGGGCUUCCGUAGUUCAUGAUGUCCGCACGCAUGUGACGAGUUUGUGCCUUGGAAGUGUAGGCUACCCUAGUGGAGUCGAGUGUAUGAAUCUGCUGCGCACCAACAACAAAAACUCUUAAACUUAUUUUUUGGAGAAAAGGGAAGAAAUUACUACAUUGAUAGAUAGCUUAUUAGGGGUUGGAAGCUGUAUGCUCGUUUGUGCUGUACGGCUUCUGUGCGUAACUGCCCUCCGUGCGUCGGUGUCUAGCGUACGGGAUCGUCUUCUGAAGACACUGAGUGGAACAGCCGUCACUGCCCACAGAUUGAAGAGCAUGGAUGGUCUCACAGCCGCUACAGACUCCCAAGUAACCACCGCCAACGGCGGAUCAGAUCCCAAAAGCCAAGAAGUCACGCCCGCAACAGCAGCGCUGGAUGGUACGGUCAAAGAUGCUGUCCCUUCACCAGGUGAACCCAACCAAGGCACGCCCACUGAAGCAGGACUGUUGCCUGGAGAGACCGUGGUGAAAGAGGGCAAAGCAGCCAUCUUGUUUCCCAGUGCCAACGAGGUUUUCUAUAACCCUGUGCAGGAGUUCAACAGAGACCUGACGUGUGCGGUGAUAACAGAGUUUACGCGGGAGCAGCUGGCUCAGCGGGGGGUGCGGGUCCUGGUGCCCGGGGAGAAGGAACGCGUGGUCGUCAGCCUGUCUGAGGAGGGCCAGGGGAUGGAGCGGCAGCAGGAAGAGGAGAAGGAAAUGGAGGAGGAGAAGAUGGAAGAGCAGGGAGGACAGCAGCUGGAGACUGCUGUUGCGGGGGAGCGCUGUGAGGCGUGAGGCAUGCGUGUGCUUGAGGGUCACUGGACCAGCAUGUCCGGCAUGUUUCGCUCGUCUCGCUUGCCGUAGCCUGGGAGGUGUGCUCCGGGCUCUGUCUGGAGGUCACCGCCACGACCUGCGCUUCGUGCCGGCCCGCGCGCGCCGCCAACCAUUCGCCGCCGCCACGCGCAGCACAACGGCGUCUCGCACCUGCUGCAGGCCAGCCAGCGGGACGCCAGCAUGCUGAUGUACGAAGCCCGCGGACGCAAGGACCGCUAUGAUGUCAUCGACCUGGAUCCGUACGGCAGCCCCGCCCCCUUCCUUGAUGCUGCUGUGCAGGCCGUCAGUGAGGGAGGCCUGCUGUGUGUGACCUGCACGGACAUGGCGGUUAUGGCGGGGAACAGCGGCGAGACCUGCUACAGUAAAUACGGCUCCGUGUCCAUCAAGGCCAAGUACUGCCAUGAGAUGGCGCUGCGUAUCAUCCUGCACAGUCUGGACCAGAGGGCGGGGGUGUACCAGCGUUACAUCGAGCCCCUCCUCAGCGUCAGCGCCGACUUCUACAUCCGCGUCUUCGCCAGGGUGUUCUCGGGCCAGGCCAAGGUUAAGAACUCGGCCAGUAAGCAGGCCCUGCUGUAUAACUGUGUGGGCUGUGGCUCCUUCCACCUGCAGAGAAUGGGCAAGCGCGUCAGCCAGGGAAAACACAUGAAGUACUCUGCAGCCACGGGACCCCCCGUUGGCCCUGAGUGUGAACACUGCGGCCACAGGCAUCAGUUAGGUGGUCCAAUUUGGGCAGAGCCCCUCCACAAUACCCAGUUUGUGCAGAAGGUCCUGUCGGCGGUGUCGGGGAACCCGUCUCGGUUUGGGACGUCCCGGCGGAUUGAGGGAAUGCUCAGCAUGAUCACGGAGGAGCUGGAAGAUGUGCCUCUUUACUACACCCUGGACAACCUGAGCAGCACCAUGCACUGCAAUACCCCCCCACUGCUGCAGUUCAGGUCUGCUCUGCUCCACGCUGGCUUCAGAGUGUCCCUCUCCCACGCCUGCAAGAACGCCCUCAAGACCGACGCCCCGCCCGCGGUGCUCUGGGACAUCAUGCGCUGCUGGGAGAAGUGCAACCCCGUGAAGAGAGAGAGACUGUCAGAGACCAGCCCGGCGUUCCGCAUCCUGUCCGCUGAGCCCACGCUGCAGGCAUGUUUCGAUGUGCGGGAGGACGCCAACCCCCAGUCCCGCCGCCGCCACCUCACGCGCUACCAGGAGAACCCGCAGGCCAACUGGGGGCCCAAAGCCCGCGCCAAGGCAAGCGGGGGGAUUUCCUCAACACUGGAGGACAAGAGGAAACAGUUCCAGAAUAAGAGGAAGGCUCCGGUCACUGACGCCUCCCAACUCAAGAACUUCCCCUGCAAAAAGUUCAGAAAGGGUACAUGUAACCGCGGCGACGAGUGCUGCUAUUCUCACGAACCUCAGCCGGGGUCGGGCGAAGGACAGAAGAUGGAGUGACGUGACGCAGUUCUCUCUCUCGCUGCCUCCACCCAUCCCUCCUUCUCCCAGUCAUCUUCCGCGCGCGAUCCUCCCCCCCGCCCCUGCGUCCUCAGGGCAGGGCGAUCGCCUCAAAAAUGAUUACGAGCAACUGAAGAAUGCACCCCAAAUCCCCGCCCCCCACGUGCGAGCACACGUCUAUCACCUGGAGAGCAAAUUCAGCGGGCAUGCCAGCCCAAACAGAGGAUGGGCACAUCUGAGCUUGAAGCAGGGCUGUGCGAAUGCGAGCGUCCCAUUGGUUGAGCUGAGCUUUACGCAGACUCUAGGGCGGGAAGACUGGGGGGUCUGGACCCUGGACGUGGCGAACGGGGGGGGGGGGCAGAUGGGUGUGGAAUUAAAAGCUGGAACCCUGGGGGCUCUUUGCAGUCGGUUAACCUUUAUUUUACCAGGCAGGUCAAUUAAGAACAAACGAUUAUUUACAGUGGAAGGCCUGGCAAGAGGUGGAGGGUGGAGGGGUAAAAUUAGACAAAGUGUGUACAGGUCAUUCAGCAAGAGGAGCUGGAGCUAGUCAGUAUUUUAAUCAUUUUUGUUGUUUUCUUUGCAUUUUUUUGGGCCAAUAAAAUGCCUGUUAUACGCUG